CGGUGACCCCAGCCCAGGGUGGCUACGAGCGCGCGGCAACAUGGCUUCCCCGCCCCACCAGCAGCUGCUGCAGCACCAUAGCACCGAGGUGAGUUGUGACUCCAGCGGAGACAGCAACAGCGUGAGGGUCAAAAUCAACCCCAAGCAGCUGUCGUCCAACAAUCACCCCAAACACUGCAAGUACAGCAUCUCCUCCAGUUGUAGCAGCUCCGGGGACUCAGGCGGCGUCCCACGGAGAGUGGGCGUCGGAGGCCGCCUGCGCAGGCAGAAGAAACUGCCCCAGCUGUUCGAGAGGGCCUCCAGCCGGUGGUGGGACCCCAAGUUCGACUCCGUGAACCUGGAGGAGGCUUGCCUGGAGCGCUGCUUCCCACAAACCCAGCGCCGCUUCCGGUACGCACUCUUCUACAUCGGCUUCGCCUGCCUGCUCUGGAGCAUCUAUUUUGGGGUCCACAUGAGAUCCAAACUGAUUGCCAUGGCAGCCCCUGCUCUGUGCUUCCUCGUGGUGUGUUUGGGCUUUUUCCUGUUUACCUUCACCAAGCUGUAUGCCCGACAUUAUGUGUGGACCUCGCUGGUUUUCACCCUCCUGGUUUUCACCCUGACCCUGGCUGCCCAGGUUCAGGUUCUGACGCCCCUCUCAGGACGUGUUGACAGCUCCAAUCAUACUCCCGCAGCUAAGUCCACAGACAUUUGCUUAUCUCAAGUGGGGAGCUUUUCCAUGUGCAUUGAAGUGCUGUUUUUGCUCUACACAGUCAUGCACUUACCUUUGUACUUGAGCUUGUUUUUGGGAGUGGCAUAUUCUGUUCUUUUUGAGACCUUUGGCUAUCAUUUCCAAGAUGAAGACUGCUUCCCCUCACCUGGAGCAGGGCCCCCGCACUGGGAGCUGCUGAGCCGAGCCCUGCUCCAUGUCUGCAUUCACGCCAUUGGGAUCCACCUAUUCAUCAUGUCCCAGGUGAGAUCCAGGAGUACUUUCCUCAAGGUGGGACAGUCCAUUAUGCACGGGAAGGAUCUGGAAGUGGAAAAAGCUCUGAAAGAGAGGAUGAUUCAUUCUGUGAUGCCAAGAAUCAUAGCUGAUGACUUGAUGAAACAGGGGGAUGAAGAGAGUGAGAAUUCUGUGAAAAGGCAUGCCACCUCCAGCCCCAAGAACAGGAAGAAAAAGUCUUCCAUACAGAAAGCCCCUAUAGCAUUCCGCCCAUUUAAGAUGCAGCAGAUUGAAGAGGUCAGUAUUUUAUUUGCAGACAUUGUGGGCUUCACCAAGAUGAGUGCCAACAAAUCUGCUCACGCCCUGGUAGGUCUCCUCAAUGAUUUAUUUGGUCGCUUCGACCGCUUGUGUGAAGAGACUAAGUGUGAGAAAAUCAGCACCCUGGGAGACUGCUACUACUGUGUGGCAGGGUGCCCUGAGCCCCGGGCUGACCAUGCCUACUGCUGCAUCGAAAUGGGCUUGGGCAUGAUACGAGCCAUCGAGCACUUUUGCCAGGAGAAGAAAGAAAUGGUGAACAUGCGUGUUGGAGUUCACACGGGGACUGUCUUGUGUGGUAUCUUGGGCAUGAGGAGGUUUAAAUUCGACGUGUGGUCCAAUGACGUGAACUUGGCCAAUCUCAUGGAGCAGCUGGGAGUGGCUGGCAAGGUUCACAUUUCUGAGGCCACUGCAAAAUACCUAGAUGAUCGGUAUGAAAUGGAGGAUGGGAGAGUUACUGAACGCCUUGGCCAGAGCGUUGUUGUUGACCAGUUGAAAGGUUUGAAGACAUACCUGAUAGCGGGUCAGAGAGCGAAGGAGUCUCGUUGCAGCUGUACAGAGGCCUUGCUUUCUGGCUUUGAGGUCAUUGACGGCUCACAGGUGUCCUCAGGUCCUAGGGGACAGGGGACAGCAUCACCAGGGAGUGUCAGUGACUUGGCGCAGACUGUCAAAACCUUUGAUAACCUUAAGACCUGCCCUUCGUGCAGAAUCACGUUUGCUCCCAACUCGGAAGCUGGCGCAGAAGGAGGAGCAGUGCAAAAUGGCUGUCAGGAGGAGCAUAAAAACACCACCAAGGCUUCUGGAGGACAUAAUUCCAAAACGCAGAAUGGACUGCUGAGCCCUCCCCAAGAGGAGAAGCUCACUAACAGCCAGACCUCCCUAUGUGAGAUCUUACAGGAAAAGGGAAAGUGGGCAGGAGUCAGUUUGGACCAGUCUGCUCUCCUUCCACUGAGAUUCAAGAAUAUCCGGGAGAAAACAGAUGCCCACUUCGUUGAUGUUAUCAAAGAAGACAGCCUGAUGAAAGAUUACUUUUUUAAGCCACCCAUUAAUCAGUUCAGCUUGAACUUCCUGGAUCAGGAGCUAGAGCAAGCCUAUAGGACCAGCUAUCAGGAAGAGGUUAUGAAGAAUUCUCCCGUGAAGACCUUUGCCAGUGCCACCUUCAGCUCCCUCCUGGAUGUAUUUCUGUCAACAACAGUGUUUUUGAUUCUCUCCAUCACCUGCUUCCUGAAGUAUGGGGCUGCCACCACACCUCCCCCGCCAGCCACCCUGGUGGUCUUCGGGGUGGCCCUGCUACUGGAGGUGCUGUCUCUCGUGGUCUCUGUCAGGAUGGUGUUUUUCCUGGAGGAUGUGAUGGCUUGUACUAAGCGCCUGCUAGAGUGGAUAGCUGGCUGGCUCCCACGCCAUUUCAUUGGGGCCAUCCUGGUGUCACUUCCUGCUCUCGCAGUCUAUUCACACAUCACUUCUGAAUUUGAGACAAACAUACACUUCACCGUGUUCAUGGCCUCGGCCGUUCUCAUCGCUGUCGUGCACUACUGUAACUUCUGCCAGCUCAGCUCCUGGAUGCGGUCCUCCCUGGCCACCGUCGUCGGGGCUGGGCCCCUGCUUCUGCUCUACAUCUCCCUGUGCCCAGACAGUUCCAUAGUAAUUUCACACUUUGGUGCAGUACAGAAUUUCAGUUCUGAGAGGAAUCCGUGCAAUAGUUCAUUGCUGCAUGACAGCAGGAGACCAGCCAGCCUGAUUGGCCAGGAGGUGAUUCUCGUCUCCUUUCUCCUGAUCUUGUUGGUCUGGUUCCUGAAUCGAGAAUUCGAAGUCAGCUACCGCCUUCACUACCACGGGGACGUGGAGGCAGACCUUCACCGCACCAAGAUCCAGAGCAUGAGGGACCAAGCUGACUGGCUGCUUAGGAACAUCAUCCCCUACCAUGUGGCUGAGCAGCUGAAGGUUUCCCAGACCUACUCCAAGAACCAUGACAACGGGGGAGUCAUCUUUGCCAGCAUUGUCAACUUUAGUGAGUUCUAUGAGGAGAACUAUGAGGGAGGCAAGGAGUGCUAUCGGGUCCUCAACGAGCUGAUUGGGGACUUCGACGAACUUCUGAGCAAGCCAGACUACAGCAGCAUUGAGAAGAUUAAGACCAUUGGGGCCACGUACAUGGCUGCAUCGGGGCUGAAUGCUACACAGUGCCAGGAUGGCAGCCACCCGCAGGAACACCUGCAGAUUCUGUUUGAGUUUGCCAAGGAGAUGAUGCGUGUGGUGGAUGACUUCAACAACAACAUGCUGUGGUUCAACUUUAAGCUCAGAGUCGGCUUCAACCACGGACCCCUGACAGCAGGGGUCAUUGGCACUACCAAGCUGCUGUAUGACAUCUGGGGAGACACUGUCAACAUUGCCAGCAGGAUGGACACCACAGGAGUGGAGUGCCGCAUACAGGUGAGUGAAGAAAGCUACCGUGUCCUCAGCAAGAUGGGCUAUGACUUUGACUACAGGGGCACGGUGAAUGUCAAGGGUAAAGGUCAGAUGAAGACCUACCUUUACCCAAAGUGCACAGACAAUGGGGUAGUGCCGCAGCACCAGCUGUCCAUCUCCCCAGACAUCCGAGUCCAGGUGGACGGCAGCAUCGGACGGUCUCCCACAGACGAGAUUGCCAACCUGGUGCCUUCUGUACAGAACAUGGACAAGACAUCUCUGGGUUCUGAGAACAACACACAGGCCAAGGACCCUCACAUGUCUUCUAAGAGACCCUGGAAAGAGCCUGUCAAAGCCGAAGAAAGGUGUCGAUUUGGCAAAGCCAUAGAUAAAAGUGACUGUGAAGAUAUGGGGAUGGAAGAAGCCAAUGAACUCACCAAGCUCAAUGUCUCAAAGAGGGUGUGACGCAGCACCUGAACGCUGCCCACGGUGCUCUGUUCAUCAAAACACAAUAACAUUUAUAUUUGGCUGUUGUGCGUUCCAAGCGCCACAGUUUCCAUCCCCAGAUGUAGUGUCAUGUGGUCAUUGCAGCCCUAACUUCUGUGUAGAUCACAGUUAUUCAGGGUUCGUUUUCAUCCAUUUCUUUCCUUUUCUCCCACUGGAACCCUCUCCCCUUGGUGUAACCAUUCGGCAGCGUGGAGAACAAGUGCCUUCAGAGGCUGGCUGUGGCUUUGGAGUCUGGGGAAAGAGGCCACAGGAUGGAGGUCAUGGCAUUAGGUAUUGAUGGACUUUUGAGUCAUGGCAUUAGAGAUUGUCGGACUUUUAAGACAAAAGCUGUGGUUAAGAUAUCAUUUUUAU